AUGUCGUCGAGUCGUACGAAGAUAUUCGAUCUUCCUCGUGACCUGAGGUCCUGGAGGCACCCACCAGGCGCGGCCGAGAAUGCGGAGCCUGCUGUCGUUCCAAUCUGGGAUGAUCUCAAAGACUUGUUCAAUAGUAAAGGCUACGUUCUAUGGACCUACCAGCCUUCUGCGCACCAGUUCGUCGCCCCGGAAUCUCACCUAACUUCCAGCGGGUUUAUGGGCGCAUCCCACCUCCGCGAUCUCAAGCCUGUCUCUGACGGCGUAAGAACAGUGUUGGAGUUCCAAUCUCUGAAUCCGCUCACGCACCCUGCGCGAACGGCGAAUGGCCAGGAUGUUGUUAUCCGUGUACUCGCCGUUGGGUCAAACGGACUUGAGCACCUCCACUUACUCAACCGGAUCGCCACCGGCAUGCCGACAUUGGUCACUGGCAACCACACAUUGCCGCUUCUCGACACUAUUGAGCUACAAGAUGUGACUUUUGGUGUAUUUCCGAAGGCAGGCGGGUCAGCCGAUCUGCUUUAUGGCUCCUGGAUUGAGCCAUCCGAAGGAGACAUCCUUCACGUUCUCGUCCAGUGUCUGGAGGCUCUCAGGUUCCUUCACGGUAUGGACAUUGCACAUCGAGACGUCUUCAAAGACAACUUCCUCCUCCAGUGGUACCCAGAAAGCAUGCUUAUCGGACACAUACCCACAUCCCGCCCGCGCGUAUACCUCACCGACUUCGAGCUCGCUGUGUCAUUCCCCCGCCAUCUACCACGAGAGAAGCACCUCUGCGUCGGCAUGCCCCUGGGCGGGUCCAUGCCCGACUUCAACGGCCGCCCAAUGCCGGCGGAAGUGCUCUCGGGAAAGCCGUACGACCCGUACAAGCUCGACGUCUGGCAGCUGGCGACGGCGUUCUGCGACUGGGAGGCAAGUACUACCGACGGGCCGCGCUCCUCGCUCGACGCGGUCCGCGCCGUCCUCGCGCGGAUGAGGGACCCCAACCCGAAGGCGCGCCCGAGCGCGCACCGGGCGACGGAGGCCGUCCUGGCGGCGCUCGCGGAGGUGCCGCCGAAGCGGCUGCAGGUCCCUGCGGUCGUGCUCGACGACUCGUCGGACCGCAUCAGGGACGUGCAAACGUCGUCCGAGGGCUCCAGCGACGCGCGCACCGCGGAGGUCGCUAGCAGCACAGGGUCGGAUGGGAGCGCGGCCACGAAGGGGACUGCGAAACGGGCCUGA